AGAUCCCGCAGCAGUCCUGCCAGCGUGCUGGUGGCGGUGAAGCAGUGAAAGAUUGGGAGACCCCUGAACACCACCAAGACUCGAGACUCGGCUCCCGUCUGAGAGACCUGGUGCUCGGGGUGCUACCGCGUUGCCUUGCGCCCGUGGGAAGCGCACACAGGGUUCGCCCAUGGCCAGGACUCGGGACCGCGAUCCUUGGGGGCUCCCGGGGAUUUGUUACUUUCUUGGAACCCUGCUAGCCGGACUGCUUUCCCCAGGGGCUGUCGCCUUCAAUCUGGAUGUGAUGGGUGCCCUGCGCAAGGAGGGUGAGCCGGGGAGCCUCUUCGGCUUCUCUGUGGCUCUGCACCGCCAGUUACAGCCCCGACCCCAGAGCUGGCUGCUGGUGGGUGCUCCCCAGGCUCUGGCUCUGCCUGGGCAGCAGGCAAACCGCACCGGAGGCCUCUUCGCUUGCCCCCUGAGCCUGGAGGAGACUGACUGCUACAGAGUGGACAUUGACCGGGGAGCUGAUGUGCAGAAGGAGAGCAAGGAGAACCAGUGGUUGGGAGUUAGUGUUCGGAGCCAGGGUCCUGGAGGCAAAGUUGUGACCUGUGCACACAGAUACGAGGCAAGGCAACGAGUGGACCAUAUCCUGGAGACAAGGGACGUGAUUGGUCGCUGCUUUGUGCUAAGCCAGGACCUGGCCAUCCAUGACGAAUUGGAUGGUGGCGAGUGGAAGUUCUGUGAAGGGCGUCCCCAGGGCCAUGAACAAUUUGGGUUCUGCCAGCAGGGAGCAGCUGCCGCCUUCUCCCCCGACAGCCACUACCUCCUCUUUGGGGCCCCGGGAACCUAUAACUGGAAGGGCACUGCCAGGGUGGAGCUCUGUGCGCAGGGCUCAGCGGACCUGGCCCACCUGGACGACGGGCCCUACGAGGCGGGGGGGUUGCUCUUUGUGACCAACAUUGAUAGCUCAGACCCCGACCAGCUGGUGUAUAAAACUUUGGACCCUGCUGACCGGCUCCCAGGACCAGCCAGAGACUUGGCCCUGAAUAGCUACUUAGGUUUCUCCAUCGACUCAGGGAAGGGUCUGGUGCGUGCGGAGGAGCUGAGCUUUGUGGCAGGGGCCCCCCGUGCCAACCACAAGGGGGCUGUGGUCAUUCUGCGCAAAGACAGUGCCAGUCGCCUGGUGCCUGAAGUUCUUCUGUCUGGCGAGGGCCUGACCUCCGGCUUUGGCUACUCACUGGCUGUGGCUGAUCUCAACAAUGAUGGUUGGGCAGACCUGAUAGUGGGUGCUCCCUACUUCUUCGAGCGCCAAAAAGAGCUGGGGGGUGCUGUGUAUGUGUACAUGAACCAGGGGGGUCACUGGGAUGGCGUCUCCCCGCUUCGGCUCUCCGGCUCCCCCGACUCCAUGUUUGGGAUCAGUCUGGCUGUCCUCGGGGACCUCAACCAAGAUGGCUUCCCAGAUUUCGCAGUGGGUGCUCCCUUUGAUGGGGAUGGGAAAGUCUUUAUCUACCACGGGAGCAGCCUGGGGGUUGUUGUCAACCCUUCCCAGGUGCUGGAGGGUGAGGCCGUGAGCGUGAAGAGCUUUGGCUACUCUCUGUCGGGCGGCCUGGACGUGGAUGGGAACCAUUACCCUGACCUGCUGGUGGGCUCCCUGGCCGACACUGCUGUGCUCUUCAGGGCCAGACCCGUCCUCCAUGUGUCCCAUGAGGUCUCCAUUGCUCCACGAGUCAUUGAUCUAGAACAGCCCAACUGUGCUGAUGGCCACUUGGUCUGUGUGCACCUAAGCAUUUGUUUCAGCUACGUUGCAACCCCCAGCAGCUAUAGCCCUGUUGUGGCCCUGGAUUACGUGUUAGAUGGGGACACAGACCGCAGGCUCCGGGGCCAGGUUCCCCGAGUGACCUUCCUGAGCCAUGGCCGGGAUGACACUAAGCACCAGGCCAUGGGCACUGUGUGGCUGAAACACCAGCAUGACCGAGUCUGUGAAGACACCAUGUUUCAGUUACAGGAGAAUGUUAAAGACAAGCUUCGGGCCAUUGUGGUGACCCUUUCCUAUAGUCUUCAGGCCCCUCGGCUCCGGCGACAGGUUCCUGGCCAGGGGCUGCUCCCAGUGGCCCCCAUUCUCAAUGUCCACCAGCCCAGCACCCAGCGGGCAGAGAUCCAUUUCCUAAAGCAAGGCUGUGGUGAAGAUAAAAUCUGUCAGAGCAAUCUGCAGCUGGUCCACGCUCGCUUCUGUGCCCGGGUCAGCGACAUGGAGUUCCAGCCUCUGCCCAUGGAUGCUGAUGGGACAACAGCCCUGUUUGCAUUGAGUGGGCAGCCAUUCAUCGGCCUGGAGCUGAAGGUUACUAAUCUGCCCUCGGACCCAGCACAGCCCCAGGCUGAUGGGGAUGAUGCCCAUGAAGCACAGCUCCUGGUCAGCCUCCCUGCCUCUCUGCACUACUCAGGAGUGCGGGCCCUGGACCCUGCGGAGAAGCCGCUGUGCGUGUCCGAUGAGAAUGCCUCCCACGUUGAGUGUGAGCUGGGGAACCCCAUGAAGAGAGGCGCCCAGAUCACCUUCUACCUCAUCCUCAGCACCUCAGGGAUCACCAUUGAGACUACGGAGCUGGAGGUGGAGCUGCUGCUGGCCACGAUCAGCGAGCAGGAGCUACAUCCGGUCUCUGUCCGGGCCCAUGUCUUCAUUGAGCUGCCGCUGUCCAUCACAGGGGUGGCCAUUCCCCAGCAGCUCUUCUUCUCUGGCGUCGUGCGGGGUGAAAUGGCCAUGAGGUCUGAGCAGGAUGUGGGCAGCAAGGUCAAGUAUGAGGUCAUGGUCUCCAACCAGGGCCAGUCACUCAACACCCUUGGCUCUGCCUUCCUCAACAUCAUGUGGCCCCACGAGAUUGCCAACGGGAAGUGGCUGCUGUACCCUAUGCGCGUGGAGCUGGAGGGCGGGCAGGGGCCUGGGCAGAAGGGGCUUUGUUCCCCCAGGCCCAACAUCCUCCACCUGGAUGUAGACAGCAGGGACAGGAGGCGUCGAGAGCUGGAACAGCCAGAGCCGCAAGAGCCUCGUGAGCGGCGGGAGCCUAGCACAUCCUGGUGGCCGGUGUCCUCUGCGGAGAAGAAGAAGAACAUCACCCUGGACUGCGACCGGGGCACGGCCAAUUGCGUGUUGUUCAGUUGCCCGCUCUACAGCUUUGACCGAGCAGCUGUGCUGCACGUCUGGGGCCGCCUCUGGAACAGCACUUUCCUGGAGGAGUACUCCGCUGUGAAGUCCGUGGAAGUGAUUGUUAGAGCCAACAUCACCGUGAAGUCCUCCAUCAAGAACCUGCUGCUCACAGAUGCCUCCACAGUGAUCCCAGUGAUGGUGUACUUGGACCCGGUGGCUGUGGUGGCAGAAGGAGUCCCGUGGUGGGUCAUCCUCCUGGCUGUGCUGGCGGGGCUGCUGGUGCUGGCGCUGCUGGUGCUGCUCAUGUGGAAGAUGGGAUUCUUCAAGCGGGCGCGGUACCCCGAGGCCACCGUGCCCCAGUACCACGCGGUGAAGAUCCCUCGUGAAGACCGACAGCAGUUCAAGGAGGAAAAGACGGGCACCAUUCUGAGGAACAACUGGGGCAGCCCCCGGAGGGAGGGUUCCGACGCGCACCCCAUCCUGGCUGCUGAUGGGCACCCUGAGCUGGGCUCUGAUGGGCACCCUGCGCCAGGCACUGCUUAGCUUCCCCCUUCCCAGCCUGGCCAAUGUGUCCCCUCCAUCCCGUCCCCAGAGACGGCUCCUCAGGAUGAAGACAGUAGAGUGGGUUGCUGGUGUCCCACCAGGAUUUUGUAGGAUCUGUUUCCUCAGGGCCAUAGACCUCUCCCUCCAGGAGGAGCCCCCCAGAACGUUCCCUUAGAAUGCUGUGAGCUGAGAGGGGUGAAUCAGGGAUGGGGCUGUAGGAUAGGGUGAGAAGGGCAGCAAUGUCCUGAUGCAGAGGUUGGGAGAGGGGACCCUAAUCCCUCCCUCCCUCACUCGCCCAGUGUAACAGGACCCCAAGGACCUAUCUCCCCAAAAGUGCCUUAGCCCAUAGGAUUGGGGAGGAGGUUACAUUGCUGACUCAGGGGCUCUUACCUCCCUAAUAUACCCUCUCCUCUGGCCUUAGUUUGCUGCAUCAAUCUAGUGGAUUUUGUUUAUUUAUUAAAAAAAAUUGAGAACAAAUCC